AUGGAGCCUUUAUCCGACAGCUCGGAGCAAUCCGUAACUACUUCCGCUGGCUCGGAAGCGGAGGAACUUUCAAUCCACGAAGAACCGAACAAGAAAAGCGCAUCUCCCAUACAUCCAAUCUCACAGCUACAAGGGCCUUUUGAAGAAUCUAUUAGCGAAGCCGCUCAAGGAGCAGAGGAUGAAUGGGUGGUCGAUCUCGAUGCUCAAACCCGACGCAAGAAUCUCCUGCAAAACCCUCAAUAUGAACGACUUUGUGGCCGGAAAUGGCGCCAGAGAGCCGGCGAAAGGUACCAUCCAUUUUGGAAGCUUUCUGCUCAAAUGUCCUUUGGCGUUCACCUCCUUGUGAAGAGGAUUGCCAAGUCAGAUGCUGAAGUGCUCAGAAUUCUCCAGGCGCAUGUGGACGAGAUGGAUGGAUUUAUCUCGCGGACAAAGGAGGAUUUCCUCAUUAUACAAAUUGACGUCCGCACUCGCAUUCAGUAUUUGAGGUUACCCCUCGAAAACCUUGACGUUUUCGACGAAAUGUUGGAAGAUCGCAGCUUUCGCCUCUCUAUGAUAGGCUAUAACGAGAAGAUCGAACACGCGAUUGCAAGAUUUACGGAAGCGGUCAGUGAUUCUCUCAAAGACAUACAGAAGGGAAAAGAAGCCAUUGGUGGACUAUGGCAGUAUCUUGGACAAUCCUCCAAGGAAAGCGCCCCGCUAUCAAGCAGCCUGGCUGCCGUUUAUAACUCUAUGAUGGCAAAUGCAGAGGGUUGGAACACAGCCUUUUCAAAUCUUCGUCGGAAAGGCUUAGCUCUUCAAAAUGCACUUUCUCAACUAGGCCGGGCCAUCACGGAGAUGCAGCGGCGUGUGGGCGUGGCAAGCAGAAAGGAUGUGGUGUUAUUCAUUCAGACUCCCCGUGAAGCUCCCCGAUCCAGGUCACUCAAGGAACGAGUAUUCGAAAGAAGAUCAUCAGUUACAGAAAAGCCUUUGCCCUGUGACCCAACCCGUGCGAAGACGCCAGAACCGAGACCGAAAUCAGCGCAAGCCCGCCGAUUGGCCCAGAAGAGUGUACCGAAUCUCAGAGCCAUCAGAGAGUUUGAUGAGUGCAAUGCGGAAGAGAAAGCCACAAAUCGGGCAAAAUCGAUGAAUGGUGCUUCGAGUGAUUUUGAUACCAAAGCAAUUAUACCUAAAAUCCAGAGGAGCUUUAGCAGGCGACUCUCGAUCGCUAGAUUAACCACGAAGAAGCCCGCCGAGAGCUUAGCGGACGAAACUCAGAGCCGACCAUCUACAGCUGCUUCAAGCAGGCUCAAGCCCUUUCGCAGAAGCAGAAAUUUGCAACAGAACCAACAACAGACGACUCACCCAGAACCACCACCACCAUUGCCACCAAUGCCACCAAUGCCCCAGCCCAAGCGGUCAGGCACAACAACUGCUGCAUCAGCAAGGAGGGAGACCAUGAAGAACCAACUGCUACAGUACUUCAAGUCAGAUCGCGUUAUUGAGACUUGGGAAACCGUCACAGAAAAGGGGAAGUUAGAGCGACAUACCUCGCAACGAAAGAAAGAUGGUCUUUGGAGCAAAUUCCAUGCGAAACCAUCGAGUCCGCCCUCUGAAGAGCUGCAAGCGAAUCUCUCCCAGGAUGAUCUACCGAAGCAGAUGGUCUGGUUAGAAGAAGAAGCCAAGGCAUUGAAUACCUAUUCUUUGAAGCCGAAACAAGAUACCGCUCCAGGACUCCAUACAUUUUCGGUUCAAAUGAGCUUUCAUCAGGAGCUACACGAGCAGGGAGGGCCUUAUACUACUACUAGCUUGGGGUAUUCUAAACCUCUCGAGGCUGAUGCACAAUCCAUUAUAACAGCCCUUCCUGUCUUUCCCAUCCCUCCGAUCACUCGCCAUCUCCCUCCACCUCCUGAAAUUCCUAGCUAA